GCUGUCAGAAGCCGAGAUGAUGGCGGCGGCGGCGGCGCUCGUGUCGUGGUGCACGGGGCAGCUGCGCGGCACUUUUGGCCUGGAUGUCAGCGAGGAGAUUAUCCAAUAUAUUUUGUCUAUUGAUGACGAGGAAGAGAUUCGCGAGUAUGUCACGGAUUUAAUCCAAGGGAGAGAUGGCCAGAAGAAGUGCUUCAUAGAUGAGCUUGUAGCCAGGUGGAAACAGUCCCGUUCUACAACUUUGGAUCCUUUGCCACUGUAUCAGAAAAAGGAUGAUAUUUCGGAUACUCCUCGGCCAGGAGACCAGACAAAGAGAGGAAGGCAUAAAGGGAGAAAUAAACAGGAAACACCUAUUUAUGUUGAAACCUGCCAGCUUGUAGAGAAAGCAAAAACACCACUCGAUUUAGCCAAGGCCCAGGAGUUCCCCAGAGGCAACAGCUCCUGUUCCACCAAGAAGAAGGCGAAAUACGUCAAUUUGUACACAAAAGAAGGUCAGGACAAGCUGGCCGUCAUGCUUCCAGGACGCCAUUCCUGUGAGUGCCUGGCCCAGAAGCACAAACUCAUCAACAACUGUUUGACGUGCGGGCGCAUCGUUUGUGAACAAGAAGGGUCUGGGCCUUGCCUAUUCUGUGGAACUCUGGUGUGCACCAAAGAAGAACAGGAUGUCUUGCAACGGGAUUCCAACAAGAGCCAAAAGCUGUUAAAGAAACUUUUGGGAGGUGUUGAAAAUUCUGGGAAGACAGACAUGAAUGACAAAGACUUGCUCCAACUUCAGGAGACUCGACUUAAGUCAGGUCUGGAGAUGGCUGUGAAGCACAAAGACAAACUGCUGGAGUAUGACAAAAACAGUGUGCGGCGAACUCAAGUGAUCGACGACGAGUCUGAUUACUUUGCUACCGACUCCAACCAGUGGCUGUCCAAGCAGGAGAGGCAGGUGCUGGAGAAGAGGGCGAAGGAGCUGUACGAACUGCGGCACGCCUCGCGGCUGUCCAAGAAAAUCACCAUCGACUUCGCCGGUCGGCAGAUCCGGGAAGAAAACGACAACAUGGCGGACUAUCACAGCAAGUUGGAUGAGACGGUUGAAGCGAUCAGCCUCGGCUCGCUGGUCAAGGCGAAGCAAACUCCGGACGGGAAACUUGAAGACUUGGGAGUCUUGGUGAAUCCACACAUUCUUCAGGCAGCUCCUGUGUGGGUGGCCCAAGCUGGUUUGCUCCCACACCGGAAAAUGGACAGUUCUGCGGAGAGCAAGAACCUCACAGAUUCAGAAAGAAGUCGCCUACGAAUUCAGGAUCGAGAGAUACAGGAGAUUUCCGAUGGCGGCUGUGGUCUGAGCCUGCAUCAGCCUUGGGCCUCCUUGCUGUCAAAGGGAUCAAGAGGCCGCUUGGGUGACACGAGGUUUGCCCAGCUGCUGUUGUGA